UCCAAAACAUCACAUCUUCAUCUUUGCGGAAAUAUUUAAUACAUUUUACAAAUUAUAUGAAACAAAGAAAAUAUGUUCUCAAUUAACGAAGUAGAUUUUAAGGAGCCAUUUGCUUGCACUGAAUAUGUUGAACGUCUUGCGAGUACAAUUGAAGGUGGCGGAACUAAGGGGGGAGAAGAAUCAUUUGAUCCAAAUAAACUUCACAGCUUCUUUGUUAACUCAAUACAUCAACUGCAAUCGCUUGAUAAAUCAAUCCAAGGUCAAGUGAAUAAACUUGAAGAAUUAUGUGCUAAAGAGGAGAAAGAACAUAAAAAUAGAAUUGUAGAAAUGGAAGAUAACACCAAGACAGCAACAAAAAUCUUUCAUCAGCUUGAUGAUCGUAUCAAUUCUGUUGCGACAAAAGUUGUACAUCUUGGAGAUCAACUUGAGGGCAUCAAUACACCUCGGCAGAGAGCAAGGGAUGCUUUGCAACUGAUGAAGUAUUUUGACGAAUUCCUAAUGAGCGAUUCACCGUCAUCUGCAGUAUUCACAGAUUCUUCCAAGAUACACGAAGCAGCUAACAUUAUCCAGAAAUUGUUCCAAAUUUCACAAGAACUGUCAAAUGAUAAAUUUGAAGGUGUGAAAAGUAAUAUCGAAGCUUAUUAUUGUAAAAUUGAAGAUCAGUUGAUUGCACUAUUCAAGAAUGCACAUUAUGCAGGCGAAGUGAAGGAGAUGAAGGCACUGGCUGAAACCCUCCUUCCUUUUAAGAAAUAUCAAAAAUGUAUUGAUGUUUUUAUUGCUGAAAGUCAAAAGAGUCGGUUCAAUUCUCAAGAUGUGUUCAAAGACGUUGUCGAACUUUGUCGUGAUGUAAAUGGACUGGUUAAGGCCGUUUUUGGUAUAAAUGGAGAAAUGGUGAUGGGUAAACUUGUUCAAAACAUAUAUGAAGGUGCAAUUCAGAAACAUGUUGAUCAUAAACUUGAUAAGAAGCUGUAUCAAAAUGAUUCCAAUCUCGAGAACUUGUACUUACUCUACAGCAAGACGAAAGAAUUAGGGAAGAACCUAUCGAACUACAAGUUGGGAUCAGACUCUUCAUUUUUGCAUCGUCUUCAGAAAAAUGUCUUCAGUGAAUAUUUGAAAAACUAUACCGAGAAUGAACUGAAUUAUUUAACUGAGAAAUGCAAUAGUCUUCUGUCGAAGUAUUACGAAGCCAUUGGGCACCAGAAAAGGGAAAAGGUGCAAGUAUCUGGGUUUAACGAAUUCGUUCGACUGACAGGAUUGACCCAGACGUCACAACAACAGUCUGACAACACUAAAGAAACAUAUCUCAGCCAAGAUCUUGCUGUCCAUCUUUUACUCGAGAAUCAAAAUUCUCUACGAAGAUGUGAGAUGCUGUGCAAGUCAUCGGAAUUACCGUCGUGCGUUUUCAACAUAUAUUCCAUUCUCUUGGAUAGCCUUUGUCAUGAUCAUCUUGAGUACGCACUCAAUAUGGGCUUACAAUAUUUACCGGGCCCAGAACCUAAAUCAAUACCAAAUUCAAGAUUUCUUGAGGUAGUUGAUCAAGCUAACGCAAUCUUCCAUUUGUUGGAGAAGCAUUUUAGUGAUGCUAUUAUAAGACUUGUUGGUUCGUCGCCAGUCUACUCGCAAUGUAUUCGAGUGAAGAAGUCCAUGAUGGAAGGAAUGGAGCAAAAACUAGACAGUGGCAUGGACAGGAUAUUAACAUCCUAUGCGGGAUAUAUCAAAUACGUACUGUCAUCGGAGCAAAAGAAAAGUGACUUUCGUCCACCUGAUGGAGGGGAUGCUGACUUAUUUAGUUGCACUCAGGCAUGUAAAAAGUGUUGUCAGUUCAUUGAUUGUCAACGUACACUACUCACUGAUUAUGUCGAUGGCAAGAAUUUAGAGGCUGUAUUAACAGAGUUUGGAAUUCGAAUUCACAGACACCUUUUAGAUCAUUUGCAACAGUACCAAUAUAAUUCAAUGGGGGGAAUGUUAGCAAUUUGUGAUAUAAAUGAGUACAGGAAGUGUAUCCAACGGUUUAAGAUACCGUUAUUGAACUCGCUAUUUAAUACUCUUCAUGCUCUUGGUAAUCUUUUGGUUGUGGCGCCAGAUAAUCUGCAGCAGGUUACAAAAGAAGAACAUUUGGCUGCUCUCGACAAGGCUGUUACCCAUUCGUUUGUUCAGCUUCGUGCAGAUUACAAGACUGCGAAACUUGCCAGGCAUUUGGAAUAGAUCUAUAUGGUCAUAUGGACUAUAGCUAUCGUAAUUAGCUUAGUUGGAUUUUAGUGCCAAUAGUGGGAAAUAUCUUGGCCCCGUUAAUUCAAAGUACAAUCAAUCAAUAUUUUUAAUCAAACAGUUGUAUGUCGACAGGGGCCAGUUGUUCAAAGCUGUGUUAGCGCUAACCCUGCAUGGGUUAAAUUCUAAUCCACUAUCCUCUGUUCUAAACCGCUGUUAGUUUAAAACCUUUACAUGAUUUGAUUUCUAUUGAACCAG